AUGAAACGCCGUUCGGUACUAGUUCCAAAACCCUCACAGCCUAUCAAAUCGGUUGAAAGCAGCCAUGAAGUAAUUUAUGAUGAUGAUAACAAUGACAGCACCGACGAUGAUGAUGAUGAUGAUGAAGAAGAAGUGAUAUACCCAGCGACAAUUCAUAUCGCUAUACGCAAGGAUGCAUCGUUAACUACUAUGGAAAAAAUAACCAGCAUUAAUAAAAAUAUGAAUAUGCUUGAUACAGCGAAAUGCAGCAGACUAAUCACCCCACCACCUGAUUCUCCAGCUGAAAGUCGAAACCGAUAUGACGGAAAGAUAGAUACAGAAUCAGAUUUAAUCCUUGAUUUAGACCUGCCGCCACUGAUAAAUGUCCAAAAGAAAACAAAUCAAAGCUUGAAAGGGUUAUUAAAACGAUCAUUUCAAUUAAAUCAGUACCUAAUAAUCAAAGCAAACAGUAUCAGCUUAUCUAAUCAACACCCUUAUCUCCUGUUCAAAACUACGGAUUCGUAUACUGGCAAACAGAAAUUAAUGCUUAAACUGAAUAUUGUUUCCGUCACUGAAAAAACACCAGAAAGACAAAGACGGUUUGGCUUCACCUUUUUGUGGCAUCAAAAAGGACAACAGCAAGAGCAUCAACAUGAGGUUAAGUUUGCUGUGGCUCCCGACUCACUGGUCAAGGAGGCUUUAACAACUUGGAUAGACUCUCAGAAUGAACAAUUAAAAGGAGAUAACAUACCAUCAUUAUUCAAGGCAGAUGAAAUACUUAGGAUUGGACGUAAAGUGCAUGUGGUGUAUGAUGCUGCAUUGUUUCCAUGCAUUAGCUUUUAG